AAGUUUACUCGUUUCUCGUUUACUUAAGUUUUGAAACUAAUAAAAUUGUUAUUGUCUAAUUGUUUAUAUUUCUAAGACAAUUCUAGCAAAUUAUGCUAACUUAUGUUACUCUUCAGUUAAUCAUUUUAAGUUAAAAAUUCAUAUUCCGUAUGUAAUAUAAGAAUGGCGGGCUCUUUAAUAAGUCAAUCAGAGCAAGUAUUUAUCGUACAUGGCGUUGAAAAUGAUUUCCGUUCUGACGGCAGAUCAAGUAUUGACUAUAGACCAAUGGAACUAGAAACGGAUGUGGUGAGCCAUGCAAGUGGCUCGGCCAGGCUGCGGCUUGCAAACACGGAUAUUCUAGUUGGAGUUAAGACAGAAAUUGAUAUACCAAAACCAGAGACACCUGGCCUUGGCAAAAUAGAAUUCUUUGUGGAUUGUUCAGCUAAUGCAACACCAGAGUUUGAAGGCAGAGGGGGAGAACAGUUGGCGAACACUAUAUCAAGCACAAUGCAGCGAGCUUACUACAGCCCACAAGCUUUCAAUUUAAAACAGCUCUGUAUAUUUGAAGGAAAACAGUGUUGGAAAUUGUAUGUUGAUAUAUUAAUACUUGAAUGUGGUGGCAACCUAUGUGAUGCAGUAUCUCUUGCAGUCAAAGCUGCAUUAUUUAACACCAGGUUGCCGUGUGUGAAAGCAGCAUUGAUGGAUGGUGGCAACAUUGAUUUACAAUUGUCUGAUGACCCAUAUGACAGCAAACAAUUAGAUAUUGGCACUGCUCCUCUUUUGGUAACAUUAUGCAAAAUUGGAACUAAAUGUGUUGUUGAUCCAUCUGCAGAAGAAGAACGCUGCAGUGUUAUAUCACUUGUAGUUGGGGUUACAGGAAAUCCUAACUUUUAUCAAAUGGACGAGAAUGAUAUUCCUAAUGUUAAAUGUAAAUGUAGUACUAUAUCAAUGAAUGGCCCUGGAAGUCUGUCACCUAAAACACUUAAAAAUGCCAUUGAACAAGGAAUAAUUGCUGCAAAUUGUUUGGAUAAUGCUCUUGGGGACGCCCUUUUACGUGAGAAACAAGAAAUAUCUGAUUUUAAGAAACACUCAUACGGUUUUUUGAAAUAA